UUUUCAGUGUUCUAUGAACCUCUUUGUUUCAGACUUGUGAUCAUUGUGAUAUUUAAGUUAAGGGUGUGUUUGUAUCCUCUGCCAUAUUCACAUUCACAAUGACCGACAAAGAGGAAUUGGUUCAGAGGGCAAAGCUUGCCGAGCAGGCUGAGAGGUACGAUGACAUGGCUGCUGCCAUGAAGAAGGUGACGGAGACAGGGGUGGAGUUGUCUAACGAGGAAAGAAACCUUCUGUCAGUCGCUUACAAGAAUGUGGUAGGUGCCAGGAGGAGCUCAUGGAGGGUCAUCUCAUCCAUUGAGCAAAAGACAGAGGGAUCGGAAAAGAAGCAGCAGAUGGCCAAGGAGUACAGGGAGAAGGUAGAGAACGAGCUCCGAGACAUUUGCCACGACGUCCUGGGUCUCCUGGACAAGUACCUCAUCCCAAAAGCCAGCAACCCUGAAUCCAAAGUGUUCUAUCUCAAGAUGAAGGGAGACUACUAUCGGUAUUUGGCAGAAGUUGCCACCGGAGACUCUCGAAACGCCGUGGUGGAAGAUUCCCAGAAGGCGUAUCAGGAAGCUUUCGACAUCGCCAAGAGUAGAAUGCAGCCAACUCACCCCAUCCGACUCGGACUGGCGCUGAACUUCUCAGUCUUCUAUUAUGAGAUCCUCAAUUCACCUGACAAAGCCUGCCAGCUAGCCAAACAGGUCUGGGUGGUGGAGGAAUCCCAAAAGUCCUACCAAGAGGCGUUCGACAUAGCCAAGUCGAAAAUGCAACCCACUCACCCCAUUCGAUUGGGUUUGGCGCUCAAUUUCUCCGUCUUCUAUUACGAGAUCCUCAGCUCACCUGAUCGCGCCUGUCACCUCGCAAAACAGGCGUUCGACGAUGCGAUAGCGGAGCUGGACACCCUGAACGAGGACAGUUACAAGGAUUCUACGCUUAUCAUGCAGCUCCUUCGAGAUAACCUCACACUAUGGACAUCGGAUACCCAAGGGGAGGGAGAUGAGCAACCGGAGGGAGGUGACAACUAGUGACAUCAUGCCCCCGCCCCCUCCUUCAUUCCCCUCCCGUUCUAUUUUCCCCUCCCACCAUCUUCUAUUUCCCCCACCCUCCACCCCCCACCU